AUGUUUCGAAAACUGUGGCCCCUCUCCAGCAAUUCCUCUGAAUCAACGGCUUUUCAGGUUAUUUCAGACUUGCAUCUUGAGAUCAACCAACAGUAUUCCUCCCUCGAGAUCCCCGCGCGCGCCAAAUACCUCAUCCUCGCCGGUGACGUCGGGCGUUUGACGGACUACCAUGCGUACCGAGACUUCAUCCGAGAGCUGACCAUCCGGUUUGAGUUGGUCUUUCUGAUUCUCGGUAAUCAUGAAUUCUACAACAGCACUUUUGCAGCGGGGUUGGAAAAAUCCAAGCAACUCGAACGCGACUCCGGGAUGAACGGUCGGCUUGUGCUCCUUCAUCGGAAACGAUACGAUAUCUCGGGAACUCGUCUCUCGAUUCUAGGAUAUACAUUAUGGUCCGCAGUACCAGAUCACACAAAGGAUAUCGUGCAGGCAAAGUUCAAGGACUUUCAGAUGAUUGAAGGAUGA